AUGUCACGUGUCCAGGAGAAGGACGAUGGCGGGGAGACCUUGGAGUUUGUGGACAUGGGCGAUAUCCGGACUCCCACCUUCUUUGGAACGAAUUGGAUGUUUGAGGUGUUAAUGAUGUUACUGCGACGAAAGACGGAGCGGGUGGACAUCAACAAGCUCGGGACUAUGAUUGAGGCACAGGAGACGGAGGAUGUGGACAAGGUCUCCUCUCCCAGGGUCAUCAACUGUCAUCUCGCACCCAGAGUUCUGCCCAAAGACCUGGCGCAGAAGAAGAUCAAGACGGUGUUAUUUUUGCGAAAUCCAAAGGACACGGCCGUCUCAUAUUUCAACCAUAUGCGGGGCCUCAAAAUGUACAACUACGACGAGUACGGGCCAUAUCUUGCAUACAUAAACCAGUGGCAGGAAGCCAUAGAGGUGGGACCGGGGUACCCGCUACACGUCAUGUACUUCGAGGACCUAUAA